AUGGGCCUCAGCGGAGCGAUUCUCGUCAUCGUCCUCAUCCGAGAGAUCUCCAAGUGGUGCAGAGGUUUUCUCCUCGAGCGCCGCAUCCGACAACAGAGAGAUCCCUUGAGAAAGCCCUCUUCGCCUAUCAAGCCCUUGAAGAAACGCAACAAAGCCUCCGCGAAGACGUUCUAUGCGUCCGUGCUGAAGACAAAGACGAUUGAGAAGGAUAGAAAGGAGGUGGAGAAGAUGAAGGCCGACGUUUACAAGGGUCUGGGUGAGAUCCAGAAGCUACGUGCUAAGAUCAUCGAGAAGACAGAUGGAGAUGCCGACUCUGGCGACAAGGUUGGAGACACGGAUAGCAAAGUCACUGAACUGGAGCACUAG